CCCGGAAGCGGAAGUGGGGGCGCUGCGGGGUCGGUCCAGCCCGAGCUCGGCAGUGCCCCCGCCGUUCCGGCCGCGCGUCUCCUCACGCCUCGUCGCUGCCGCCCCAGCGCGUCUCCGGCUCGUCAUGGUGUCCCUAGACUUUUUGGACGAUGUGAGGCGCAUGAACAAGCGGCAGCUCUAUUAUCAAGUCCUAAAUUUUGGAAUGAUCGUCUCCUCGGCACUAAUGAUCUGGAAAGGGUUAAUGGUGGUAACUGGAAGCGAAAGUCCAAUCGUAGUGGUGCUAAGUGGCAGCAUGGAACCUGCAUUUCAUAGAGGAGAUCUUCUUUUUCUUACAAAUCGAGUGGAAGAUCCCAUACGAGUGGGAGAAAUUGUUGUUUUUAGGAUAGAAGGAAGAGAGAUUCCUAUAGUUCACCGAGUCUUGAAGAUUCAUGAAAAGCAAAAUGGACAUAUCAAGUUUUUGACCAAAGGAGAUAACAAUGCGGUUGAUGACCGAGGCCUCUAUAAACAAGGACAACAUUGGCUAGAGAAGAAAGAUGUUGUGGGGAGAGCCAGGGGAUUUGUUCCUUAUAUUGGAAUUGUGACUAUCCUCAUGAAUGACUAUCCUAAAUUUAAGUAUGCUGUACUCUUUUUGCUGGGUUUAUUUGUGCUGGUCCAUCGUGAGUAAGGACUCUCCCUUGCUGCUCCUGGAAGAUGCCGUACUUUUUGUUACUGAAUGUUUGGAGUAGAUACUGGUCUGUGAUUGGUGGAAUGAAGAACACACACGUUGGCGCGUCUCAGUAGCACUGGUUUGCAUUAGUUUGUGUUGCCACACCAAAAAACGUGUGGACAAGUGUAUGCACUUCGGUGUGCCCUCAAGGGGACUUUCAAUCACAGGAUUUCAUAUGUUGUCAUUGUCACACUUUCACAUUUUUGUACAUCAAUGAAUUUUUUAUAUUAAAAGGUUGAGCCAAAGCCCCCAGUGUUUGUAUUUUGAAGCCAGGCUUCAUUUCUAAAGUGCCUACAGAGUUCUGUAAAUGCAAAUGCAGCUCUGCAUGCAUUGGAAACCGUCGUUCCUCCUGCUGAUGGGAAUGGCAUAUGCUAAGGUGGUCCAAGUUUUAACUUUUCACAGUUUUAAAUAAAAGACUUUGCAUAUCGAA